UCAUUUAUGUUUUUAAACUAAAUAUUUACAAAUUUUAACUAUGAACAUAAUAUUUUUUUUGUAAUUGAAUCUUUAUUUUUACGUUUCUUUUUUAAAUUUAAAUGGAAACCACUUUUUUGUUGGCUUUUGGAAUUCUACAGCUUAUUCUUGGGAUCAAUACCGAGACCAUGCUUGGAUACACGAGAAACUCAAAUGCUUGUAUUGUGGAUCUAGGUGGAAAGAGUUAUACAUUUUAUCCGGGACAAAUGAUCAAACCUUCAACCGCAUGUAUGGAAUGCACUUGUGAAAAAAGUGGCGCUGAUUCUCAAUUUAAUUGCCGUGGAUGUGGAGUUAUAGGCAAUAGUAAUCCUAAUUGCAGAGUAGUUACGAAAAAAUAUUUACUGCAUCCCGAAUGUUGUCCUGAUUUGGUUUGUAAUUAGUAAUCUAAACGACUUUUAUCAAAGAUUACCGAAUGUAAUUAAUGUGAAAUUUAUAUUUUUAAAAUUAUCAUUAAAAUCAUAUUAUAUUUAAUAGAAUAAAAAUAAAAUCUAUAUAAUUAUAUUUGAUUUGUGUAUAAAAAUAAAAUUAUACUAUUCUUAUUUA